ACGUCAUAUUGAAUUGAGCCCCAUAUUUACAACCUGAACCCUCUCGCCUUCCUCGCUCUCUCUCUCUCUCUCUCUCUCUCUGUGGCGUCGAGACUCAGAAACCAGGCGUUUCCAUGUCCUUCACGAUCAACUAACGGAAGGGUUCCGCGAAUUUACAUGGAAUUUGCACUUGAUGGUGAUGUUGAUGGCGAGGUGGUGGGGAGUUCUGCUGAGAUGGAACUUAGUAGAGCAGCUGAUGAAAAUGAAACCGGCGGUAGUUCUGUUGAAGGGGCAUUCCAGUUGGGCCUGGAUGAUAAAAUAAAUGUAGAUUCUCCCGGAGGGGAUAUAAUUCCAGAAGCAGUUCCUGUAGUAUCGGUGGUUUCCGCAGAUGAGCCAUAUGUUGGUCAAGAGUUUGAAACUGAAGCAGCUGCUCAUGCAUUUUAUAAUGCAUAUGCCACACAUGUGGGAUUCAUAAUUCGUGUAAGCAAGCUCUCUCGAUCAAGGCGCGAUGGAUCUGCCAUUGGUCGUGCACUUGUUUGUAACAAAGAGGGUUAUAGAAUGCCUGACAAACGUGAAAAAAUUGUAAGGCAAAGAGCCGAGACCAGGGUUGGUUGCAGAGCAAUGAUUUUGGUGAGGAAAGUAACUUCUGGGAAAUGGGUUGUCACAAAAUUUGUAAAGGAGCACACUCAUCCUUUGACACCUGGGAAAGGUCGAAGGGAUUGCAUUUAUGAUCAAUAUCCGACUUACUUGCGACUAAUCCAGACAUUGAAAUGGAUUGAUGCUGAAAAUCAUGACGAGAAAAUGGAGAUGCUAUUGUUGGGAAAAUUUUAAUUGGGUUUGAAUUUGUGAAUCAUAAUAAUACAGCUUGACGUGUAUUUUAAUUACCUUUUGUUUUCUCGUUCAGAAUGAGCAUGACAAGAUUCGGGAAUUAUCUCAGCAGUUGGCCAUAGAGAAAAAGCGUGCUGUGACCUAUAAAAGACAUCUGGAACUAAUUUUUGAGCACAUUGAAGAACACAACGAGAGCCUAUCAAAAAAGAUCCAACACAUAGUAGACAGUGUGAAGGAGAUUGAAGGCAAAGAACUGCAAGGACACAGAUAAGGAUUUCUGCAACUUAAGCACUUUCUCGUUUGGUAAAACAUAGAAUCAAGCAAUGUCGUGGACAAUUCUGUAGGAUGAAUCAUUCGGUCAUUGUUUUGAUUUUAGUGUUAGGGGUUCGCCUGGAUUUUAGGAAGCUAGUUAGUUUCUAACCUUCUAUAGCUUUGUGAUGUUUUAGUCACUGGCAUUCAUUGGACUGCCUUGCGUAAAUUUCUCGUCUGCAUCAAAUAGUCAGUAGGGAAAAUGUGAUUGAGUCCAUGUACAGUUUUACCUGAGCCAUCCAUGUGAAUUGUGCUUAUAAAGCAGAUUAUAGGACGUCCGAAGGAAGUUGGAAUCGGACCAUCGCUUACACGUGAAAUUUGCUAUGAGGUCUGUUUUGUAUAGCUUCAGAACACUGUUUCCAAUCUUCCUUUUAAAUACAACUCUUGAGAAUUACCCUUUGCUGAUGGUUGUGGUUUUCGUAUACUUGUAUUAAGACACUUAACGUA